AGAUGAGUAAUAUAUAACAAAGUGGAGAGAGCUCUUCGGUUCGUCCGUAAAGAGAGCCCGAGUAGUAGUGAGCGAGACGCGCGGCGCUCCUAAGUUACGAGGAAAAAAAACAAGACAAAAAAACGUAACAGAAGCGGUGUGAGAGAGAAAGCGAGAGGAGAGAACGAAGAAGGGAGAAAGAGAGAGGACUUGUGGUAGUUGAAGACAGCACGUCGUCGACGACUCUCGGGCCGGCAGUGCUCUCGCGACAAACGUGAAAAAUCGUGUUUUGAGUGUGCGUGUGGGUUGAAAAGUGUGAGUGUGCGUAUGUGACAUACAAAAACGCAGCUUUUUUUUCUAUCUUAUACUAAAAGUCAAUUUUCACUGCGGUUAAAUAAUAACUCGGCCUUUUCGGCGUGUGAAAAUACUAUGAAAUGUUUCGGUGCUAUCGAAUCGUGAGAUCUAAAAAGAUGACAUCUUUUCAUUUCACGUUAAAUAAUCAGCGACGAUGAGAUUCGAAAUAAAAUAAACUAAUGUGAUAUAACGACGUUUUUUUUCUUCGAACCUAUGAUAUUUCAAGAUAAAAAGUGUCGGGGGAUCGAGGGCGAAAAAUGAAAAGCAAGAUUGUCUUGGAAAGAUGUGAGGAAGAAGCCAAAGAACAAUGAAGAAAAUGAGCAUCGUGUCUUAAGCAAAAACAAAUGGUUCCUACGUCGAUGAACAAUCGACGCAAAACUCAACGAAUAAUCGCGCUCCUCUUCGAUAGCCGCGCUAAAAAAAAGCAAGAGAAAAAGAAUUUAAAAAAUUUGCUAACCUGAAAAUAAUCGAGUCGCGAAGCAAAACGGACCUUUCGGGGCUCGCUCCUGCUGCUUGCAACUCGACGAUAAUUACGAAAGCUUUUACACGUGUCUUAUCAAUCCGUCAGGCUGAUAUCCUAAGUCUGAGAAAUUCUCUCCAAAAGAUUACACUAUAAACAAAGGGCCUUAAAACGAAGUAGAUAAAAAAACGAGACUGAUUUUUUGGCUGGGAGAGAGAAGCGCGCGUCUUUCUUACAAAUCCCUCGGAGUCGUCUAAGAGGAGGAAAUAAGCGCAGUCUUUGAUUUAAAAAAUCGAUUCUCAAGAACGGGAGCAGACAUAAUGAAUGUCUUAAAAUUAAAAUGUGCCAUAAACUUUCGCGUAGCCGGUGCGGAGCGAGUGUGAAGCGCGACGAUUGACGUAACCGUUUUCGUGGUUAUGCUUAUCUGCUGCGCAGUGUGAAAAAAAUAUUCUCAAACCGUACGUGAUUGGUGGUGGGAAAAUAAAAAAAAAAUAUUCCAUAUACGAGCUAAAGAACGUUUGUGCUAUUUAUAAAUUCCAUUAAAACAAUCAUUCGAAAUAACACUGAAGGCAGCGAAGGCGAAGAAAACAAACCGCCUGCGAGCGUUGCCGAUUCUGGUUCGCAUUGUCACGCGUUCUUCGUUUAUAAUCCCGAAGGGACCGCGUGAGCGGGAACUCAUUGGAGUGUCAAGACAGUCAUGCCGCGAUCUCGCGCCUGAGCUCAUCGAAUUCUCGACCGAGCGUCUCUAUCGCUUGGUUCUUAUUUUUAUUCACUAUUUUGUCGAGGGAAAGUAAUUUUUCGCGAAAACUAAUUGAUAAAAUAAAAAGGUAAGACCGACAUGGAAGGCUCGGCUGUGCCUCACCUCGAACAAGCUGCUUCCGCGGCCUGCACAAUGGCAACCAAUUUUUUGGCACCGGUCAAAACCGAGCGGCAGAUUUACGAGAACUCCAUGCUCGAAGAUGAUCCCAACGCCAAUUCCGUCGUUCUAAAAACCCCCACUCAAGAUCGUACCGUGCCGAGGUGGGGACCCAAUCACAGAGGCGCACAGGAACUCGCCAAUCUUUACAGCACCGGCAAGAGAACACAGGAAUGCGUCUGCGUCGGCAUUUGCAUAACUCUGAUGGCAGUGAACUCGAUUUUUAUCGUCGUACGUCUGAGACUCGAGAAUCUCAGUUCAAUAGCAUUUGCUGCAUUGUGCGGUAUCGUGACUGCCGACUUUGGAUCCGGCUUCGUUCAUUGGGCCGCUGACACGUGGGGAUCGAUAGAACUGCCGAUUCUUGGAAAGAAUUUUCUCAGGCCGUUUCGGGAGCAUCACAUCGAUCCGACGAGCAUAACUCGUCACGAUUUCAUCGAGACGAAUGGCGACAAUUUUAUGGUUACGAUACCGUUUUUGAGCAAGAUGACUUGGGACUUUCUGACCUUGCCGGAAGUCGAGGUGCAGAGGAAGUUCGUAUGGUCUUGCUACUGGUUCCAGCUGGCAAUUUUUGUCGCAUUCACCAACCAGAUUCACAAGUGGUCGCACACGUAUUUCGGGCUGCCCGGUUGGGUCGUGUGGCUGCAAGAUCACCGUAUAAUAUUACCGCGACGACAUCAUCGCGUGCACCACGUAGCACCGCACGAGACGUAUUUUUGCAUAACAACGGGCUGGUUAAAUUGGCCCUUGGAGAAGCUUCGUUUUUGGUACGUUCUCGAGAACAUAAUUGAAAAAUUGACGGGCUAUAAGCCACGAGUCGAUGAUCUCAAGUGGGCGCAGAAGAGAUCUUGAAAAUUAAUAAUCCUCUUAUUGAGACGAGCUGCGUGCUGCUAGUCCGAGCGCUUCAAGAACAACACUCCUUUCACCUUUUUUCCAACUCGAUCCUCGAGUUGACGAAUAUCGAACGUUCACGAGCUGGCUACGAUUGCGUGAAGCGUAAUAAAGAGGACAGGCAGGCACCUUUGGCUCAUUUUCCAAAGAGCUUAUUCGAGCUGGUGGAUAAAUGAGAAACAAAAAAUAGCAGAGUGCUAAUUAAUAACGGGAGAAGGCGAAUUAUUAAAUUUACAAAUUCACAAUGGUUUCAACCACGAUAACUAAUCGGGCAAUAAUCGUUCUCCACGAAUUACGAGCGAAGCAUAUGCCUGGCGAAAAUAUUUUUUGUCAUUUUAUUACAUUACCAUGAGACGUAGAGCCCAACAAAUUUUUCGACUAUUUUUAUUACCUGCGUAAAUACGUUGCAAAGACAUUGGAUAAAACGUGAGAGAGGCGAUGGCUGGAAAGCGGUACGAAGCUUCGAGUUGCCUGAGAAAAUUCAACUUCGUAGUUUGUACAAUCGCAGGGCUUUUAUAAUUUUAUGUUAAAUUUAUGAAACAAGGAAGCGAACAAACCCGUUGCUCAGAUCGUUCCACCUCAACUGAGCUAAACGAAGGAAUUUACACUCGCAGAAACACGGUUAAUAUUUUACACUGAAUGCACAAAUAAUCGGAAGAAAACAGAAAAGUAAAAAAAAAAAAAUGCGUUUAUACAAUGUACUCCGACGAAAGAUCGAUCGAGAUGCUCGAGAAAUCCCUGAACCUUUUGGACUUUUUAACGAAAACACACGCGCGAAAGAACAGCAACCACGAAAACAACGAAAAGUAUAUAACAAGAUCGAUACGACGUGUGGUAACAAUUUGCCGAAGAGAAAUAAAACCGAAAGAUCUCGAGACGUUGAUUUUUAUAACGUGACUAAAUAAAAGGUGUUCAAAGUAUCAGCGCUUUGAAAUAAUCGCUCUCACGCAAAAACCACGCUCCACGAAAGCUCUGCGAAUUCAAAUAAUAUUUAUAAUUCCGAAUGAAAGAAAAACUAUUGAGAAAUAAUUGUACUACGCUUCUUGUUAUGCUGCAUCGGCGAUAAGUUGUAUACUAAAUAUUUCUUAAACAAUGUUGGGUUCAGGGACCAAGAAAAAACGAGCCUAAUCGUGCGUGAACGGACUUGGCUGAAGAUAAAACAAAGUGAAAAAAGAAAACGGUCGUCUCGCCAGUUACCGCUUUGUUGUGAUUAUUGAAAAAACGAAUUUGCACUGCUGAAUAUAUUUAUAAAAACUUACACGUACGAUUGUCAAACUGGAGCGUCUGCAAGACAGCGGAUAUCGCUAAAAAAUUUUUACGAUUCGAAUCCGUAGGCAAUAAUCAUUUAAAUCCGGGAUUUUACACUCCUCGAUCCAUUUAAAUUCAAAGACUGUAGAAUCGAGUUACCAAAAGCUUAAGGAUUCGACCCAGCGCUGCGACAAAUCUAUGCGAAAUUAAGUUCGUCAGACAAAUCACUGCCAGAGCAAAUUUUCCGUUGGGAAUUUAAUUUCAAUGUAGACAUUUCAGCUGAUCAAUUUCCACCACAUGCAACUCUGUACCAAGAGAAAUAAUGAUCAACGAUAAUUGACGAGGAAGGAAACUUUAAGGGCAAUGUUUAUCUGCCACGAAGGUUUCUACAGUUGGUACAUAAAACUUGCGAGGCUUUCUGAGAAGCCACGAUGAUAGCCAGUGAAGAUUUGUCGGACGAUCUUAACUCUGGAUAAAGUUGUCCCGGUGCAAUUCAAGCGACACGUUCGAAUCCGCGUUUUUUUUGUUUUCCAAGUUCACACAGAUUCGCUCGUAUGUCGCUGGUAAUUGUAAGUAAAAAUUCACUUUAUCCAGGAAAGCCAAUUUUAAUUGUUCACAUUGACGACGCCGUCCAGUUCACCACAUGAAUAAUAACAUUGUACACACGUGUUAGCCGAACGAAAAACGCUUACGCACACGGGGUCACGCGUCCAGCGCAACUUUUUGUCCUUUAUUUUCUUCUUUACUCUCCCUCUCUCUUUCUCUCGGCGGUGGUGAAAGAUAAUUAAAAAUCGACGAAACUCGAAGUGCAACGAUCAACGAACAUUGUAAAUCGUUUUUACGAUCAUUUUAUAUAAUUAUUCAUUGUACUAUCGUUUUUAUCUUCGUGCUAAAUCGGCUUGAGCUUGUAUCACGAGAAUGACGGAUCUUCGGAGUACAAAUGGUGCGAGGAUCACUGAGCCGUUGAUACAACUGGGGCGAAUGGUCAAAGAAAAAACCGAAUGAAUAGUCAGAUUCGUCAUUAAGUUCUUUUGGUGAUUUCGAGGGCAAAUAGAUUUUAAAUAUAUAUAUAUAUUAUAUACAUACGUAACACGCGCGUUAUCAUAAAGUAUUAUCGUUAUUAAACGUGUUGUUGUUUGUUACAAGGAAUUCUUGAUGCAAGACUGUGUACGAAGGAAUGAAAGGUUUGUGAGAAUGAAAAACCCAUUGUACUUGUUGUGUGUGUGUGUGUGCGUGUGUGUGAAAAUUACUAGUCACCGAGCAAAAGAAUCAUUCAUCCGUGUAAAUGCGAAUGCGUCGAAUGCAAUAAAUUGUGGAAUUUCCAUGGUUGAUCAUCGAAACGACUGGAGAUUCUACUUUACCAAAUAAAAUUUUUAUUAAGAGUACAGAGAAAGACAGGGAGAGGGAAGAAUUAAAAUUUAUAAUUACACAAUACCAAGGACAAUGUACAACGCCUUUUUCACAAGAAAAACAAAUAUUCGAAGCCUGUGCUAAAAUCCAAAUGAUGAAAGAAAAAUAAAUUGAAAAUGUAAGCGUGCGAGGUUUGUUGAACGAAUAGACUAUAGUUUUAACGAAUAAUAGAAGAAUUUAUAGCUCUAUUAAAUUGACGCAAUCAUUUAAAUGUAGAAGAACUGGAAAACGCUUAUUAAUAUAUAAUAUCGAUCGAUAGAAUCGUAUUCGAACAAAAAUAUUGUUGAGAAAGGCGGUUGAAGUAAAAAAAUAUGCAAAAUAUAAAUUGUUACGGUCUACGCUUUAACAGCACGAGUAAGGAAAAAAGACAGAAUAUCAUUUCGAAACAGUAACGCACACGAGUGGUCAAAUGGUGCUGUGCGUUUAUUCGAGAACGUUUUUUUCUCAACGAAACAUUUUAUUCCAUGAGAAUUUUGCAAUAAAUCCAACUUUUUAAUCUACAUGAAACUCAACGAAUAUUGACUGUCGGUAAACGUGGUUUAUAAAAAAAUGGUAAAAAAAUUAUUUACAUGAAAUAUUCAACUACAAUCAUAAACGAACGUCAACAUUUUUAUGUUUCUUUCAGAAAAAAUUGAUGAUGGAAAUCUCAGCAUGCAUAUUGCAACAAAAAAUUAAUUUUCUCGUCAAAAUUUCUUUCAGCCACGUUAAUUUUUCCAUAUCUUUACAGCUGCACAUCAACGUCUGUAAGCUUUACGAGAGGUUUUCCAAAAUUUUCUUUUAAAUCGGUGCGAGCACUGAAAUUCAAAUGGAAUAAAUAGUUAGUGUGAAUAAAUGGUUAAAUUUGUCCUCAACAGGCCUACAAUUUAUAUCAUUCUACAGGAAUGGAUAUUGUAUAGCAAAAUGAGAACAUAACGUAGAUGAAAAACUUUGUCUUGUGAUACUGCAGAUUUUAUAUAUGUCUAAUUUAUACAAUGAUGUUUUAUGCCUAUUAUGCUAUAAGAUAAUAUUCAACGAUAUACCUACCAUUGUGUAUUAUCUACACUGCGCAUAUUUUCGUUUAUGUUUCGUAGUGUGGAGAUAAAAGUAAUGAAGAUUUGAGAUAAACCUAAAAAAGAUUUUAAUAUUUUGAUGCUCGCAGUGGAAUGAGAGUGAACGGAGAAAUUAUUGUGGACGCAAGUGUUGAUUUCUUCAUGUGCGAAUGGUUCAGAAAAAAAGGAAUGAACAGAAAAGUGUAAUUAUUAUAUAUAGAACAGUGCAAAAAAUAUUGUCAAUAAAAUCAGUGCCCUACAA